GGGGCAGAUGGGAUUUGCAAUCCAAGGCAUCGGGAGCAUAGCUGCCAAGUUCUCCCUUUUUUUAAGGGAAAUUCCCUUAUGCUGAAUAGGCUUCCUAUGAUCGGGAGGACAUUAGCUUUGGAAAAGCUACUUUAAAACAGUUGCUUGGCAGGCAUGAAUGCAACAGGUACAGCUUUUCCAAACCAAUGUGAUGAACAAAGCUGCGUCUGUUAAAAAGAUGUGACAAAGUAGCUAAAAAGGGAAGUCCCAAGUUUAGAUACUCUAUGCUACGUGCUUCCUAAGACUGCAAUCCUAUCCAAACAUCCCUUGGAAUCUAAGCACAUCAAAGAAACAAUAUUUGAGUAAACAACAUUCAUGGAUUGUUCUGUAAAUGCCUUUAAGCAAAACUGUUCUUUCUCUGCACCCCGUCAUAAGGGGUAAUUAUACUGGCCUACUCUGUAGGGCUGUUUGUUUUAUUUUAAAUAUUUAUACCACAUACCUUUGCAGGGCAAGUUCCAAAAUGCAAAGCAAUAAAAACUCAGUAGUAAAAUCUGCAGCUAAAAACUGCACACAAAACCAUUUCAUUAAAUAUAAGGGUGGCUUGAUCCAUGAGGCCUUGAUCCAGUAUACAUCUCCCAAACUCAAUCUGACUUGCUUCUGAUGAAGUGUGCAUGCACACGAAAGCUAAUACCUAUGACAAACUUAGUUGGUCUCUAAGAUGCUACUGGAAGGAAUUUUCUUUUUUUUGCUUCUGAAUAGACAUGCCCAGGAUUGAAACUUUGAAAAGCAGUAUAAAAAGGCUAAGACUUCCACUAACCCUGAGGAAUAAAUAUUACACAACACAAUGGAGCAUUUUCCCGAGCAGACAUGCAAAUGAUUGCUCUCAUAAGGCUGCAAUCCUAUAUCCAACGACCUGAGAAUUCAAUUUAAAUCGGGCGCUGACUUCACAGUAGAUAGAACACACAGGAUUGGGCUAUAUUCUUGGGUGCCUGUUUCAGGUGCCAAACACGAACUUGUUUCCCUGCUACCCAGGAGAAAAAUGAACGAGCGGCCCUGCUUCGUGGCCGUGAUUACUCAAGAGUAAAUCCCGCUGACUUCAACAGGGCUUACUUGCAAGCCGAAAACUGGGAGGGGAAGGCAUUUUACACGUGUAAAAAAAGAGGGAUGCCAGAGAAAUAUCAACAACUACAAGAGAGCUAAUAGUGUAUAAAUAAUUUUUGGUGUUGCGGUUUUUUGUGCUGAGACUCCUUUGUGGAGGCCACGACCAACCUACCCAGCGGGUCCUCGCGCUCAAGCCGUCUCCCUAGCAACCGCCGGAAGGAGAAAGUGGCCUCCGCCGGAAGCGGAAGCGAGGCGCUCUCUUUCUUCCCCCGGCUCUUCUUGCCCCACGCCUUCCGAGUUCCGAGGCCUGACAAAUCAUCAGCUCGGGAGUCUGCCGCUUGCGUGGUCGAGGUCCCCGGAAGGAAGCGGGGAAAAAAAAAUAAGCGGAGGGAAAGCUCGGGACUCGGGUGGUGAAGGAACGUGUGAAUGGGUGCUCGGCUGUGACUCGUGGGCUGGCAAGGCUCGCUAACUUUCGGAUAAAGGAUGUCCCGUGUCCCUUUGGGGAAAGUCCUCCUGCGAAAUGUCAUCCGUCACACUGAUGCACAUAACAAGCAGCUUCUGUGGCCCUGGUCCAACUGAUGUCAGAGCUCCAACUCUCGGUAGGAUCCAUGGCCUUCAAAAAGGAUUCAAGAAGAGUCGGAAAUGUGGAAAAUUCGGGAAAUGGAAAAGCAGAACAAAGACAUUCAGUGGGGCAAGGAAAAGAGACUGCUUCCUGAUAGUUCCAGCAGCCGGAUGCGUAGCGAUGGGUUUGAUGAAGAGACCCAGCAGGCCAAUUGGAAGGCGAGGAACUUGGCUCCUGUGUCAGUAGAGAUGGAAGACGACCUCCGGCAUGCCCGCUACUGGAACAAGAAGCUCUACGAAUGUGAAGCAAACAUGCCAGACAGGUGGGGCCACAGUGGCUACAAAGAGCUGUAUCCUGAAGAAUUUGAUACAGACAGUGACCGAGAGCAAGAUGAACAAAACUCUGUGAACGGAAAAAGGAAGUCUCAGCCCGGCACGCGGUCUUCCCUUGAGUUGCCCAAAAGGAAAAAAGCCAAAAAGUCACACAAGAAGAAGCGGAAAAAGAAAUCUCAUAAGAAGCAGAAGAAGAAGAAACAGGAACAGCCAAGUGCCAUGGCAGAUUCUUCCCAGGAGUCUGACUUGUCGGAGAGAGGCGCUGGCAAGAGAAAGCGGAAGCGUCACAAAAAGGCCAAGAAGAGCUCUGCAAAGGCAGCUCCCUCUUCUUCCUCAGGGCAAGACAGUGACUCCAGCAAGGCCAGCAGCUGCCCCUCCAGCAGUUCUGAGGACAGUGAGCCAGACAAAAAGCAGGAGAAGCAGCCAAAGAAAAAGAGGCGGAAACGCCAUGUCUCUCUCUCAGAACGGUGUGCUGAAAGGGUGCAGGAGAAGCGCAGUAAGAGGAAGAACUGGAAAGUGGCUGCUGAUGAGAAUUCAGAGGACAGUUCUGAUGAGGACUAGGGGAAACGGACCAACAGAGUCGGUGCUUUUCGCGGGGCGGGACAAGGGCACUGACAUUCUGGGAGAUUGGUCUCCAAGUGCUGCCCCCUUGGAACAAAAGUAGUCUGGGCAACAGCUCUAUGAUCCAGACACUGCAGACCUCAGUUACUUUCAGGGGGCUUCUUUCAGUUUCAUGUAGGUCAGAAACUGGUCAGGAAUUGAGAAGCUCCCAGCCCAAGGCUCAUUUGUCUAGCCCAGGUUCAAACUUGAGUUUGUUUGUGACAAUACGGAACCUUAACUCACAAAAGAGCUACUAUUGGAGCCUGCAUAGAAUGGAACUGACCUUGGGUCUCCUUUGCCUUUUUUAAAAAAACUAAAAUUUAUUUUUGAUGGCCAAUACCUAACAUUUAAUUGCAAUAAACAUCCUACUUGCAAGGUUGAUCAGAUGGUGGCAUACAAGAUGUGUCAUCAGGUCCAAAGGCCAAGUGGAGAACAGCAAAGGGCAUGUGGCUGCCCUAGGUUCAAAUAGGAUCUACUGGGGUUCAGAGACAACUAUCCAAACACAAGCCAUGGUGAGAUUUAAAGUAAGCCGCCUCUGCUAGCUGUUUUGUGGUGAAAUGAAUAUAAGCAUCCCACCCCCUACGAGAGUAUGCUUAAUGCCAUAUCCUAUUCAUUCUGGUAAACUGGUUGUCAGCUUUGCUGGUGUGUGUCCAAGCUGCCUGCCCUUUUGUUUUGCCAGCUCUUGCUGGGGAAAAAUAUAUCUUGCUACCAGUCAGGGAAUGACAGAGCAGAUGGAAAGAGAGUUCCUGUUCUUAACAAGAGAAGUGGUUUCUCAGCAUAAUGGAAAGAGGCUGCUGGGAUCUUGGUUCACCCAGCUUCUCUCCUGGUGUUAUUGCUAGAGCACUUUAACUUGCAUCUCCAAAAGGAACUGUUGUGCAACCUGGAGGGGGGGCAUGCCCCACCCCCAGAUGUUGUAAAUCAUGGUGACUGCUGGCUGGGGUUGAUGAGAGACUAGCAGCAUCUGAAGGGGCAGAGAUGUCUCCCAUCUGUGAUGUAACUAGUCAGAUGUUGCUCCCUCCUCCGGAUCCACAUGCCUUCUAUGAUUGAUAGGAGGCAGCAGAAGGGUUUCAGUGGUUUGCUGGAGGGCUGGCUUAGCUCAUUCUACAGCUUAGGGGCUGCAAAGAUGCACACUGAAGAAAGAACUUUGUAGUAGUUGCCUCUGCCCCAUAUCUUAUGCUGUCAAGAGGUAGAGUCUACAUACACCAUAAAUCAAACUGAUUCCUUCUUACCCAGACCCUGUAAGGAGGACUGGGGCUAUACAUUAGUGGCUUCUUUGCAUCCUCACCAGUUUCCCACUGAAAUUCCCACCAUACCUCUGGGGAAACCACGACUAUUAAAGUACCUAUAAAACUACUAUGUUUGUAGUGUAGGUAAUUCAUCAUUCCCUCCUUUUUCUUAAAGUAGGCCAUUGUAAACUCAAGGCACACAGGAUUAACAGGCUGGUUAGAGGAAAGGGUUUUGGACCUUUCCCCUCUUAUCCUUAAUGGUCACAUGUUACCUUCCUUCUCACAGUAACAUCCUGCUGGAGCUGUUUUAUCAGCCUCUUGACCUUCUCCCCUCCACCUGGCCUCCCUGCACAAAUACAAUUGCCUGCCAUCACCCCAUAUCUGGGGAAUAGUGAACAGAAUGCCACAUUGCCACAUUGUUCUGUCCUACGGUGUGGUACCAGUGCCCAAAGCUUAUUUUUUAAAGUAGUUCUAAUGUGUUGCUAUAAAAAAGCAAAGCAACGCAAGUUAUUUUGACAAAAAACAACUAUUUUUUAAUAUGUGCAAGGUAUCGGCACAAAUAAAUUCAGAGGGUCUGCAGUAACAAACGAAGUUGCUUUCACCCAUCGGCAGUCAAAAUGAACAGUCUUUAUAAUAGCAUUUAAGAUUUUAUACACCAUUGUAAACAUGCACUGAUGAUUUUGGAGGUGGGGGGGAUAUGAGACACUCUUAGAUCAAAAAGGCAUUGUGAAAGGGGUGGGCUUCAAAAAUAAAUCUGAAGAACAGCAGGAGCACACUCACUAUAAAUGGAAUUCCAACUUCUGGAGGGAGGAUGGCAGAGUGAAGGAUCUAUACCUGUUACAGGCCUUUAAGUGCAAGCCAGAAAACCCUACGUUACAUUUGUAGAACUUGCAAUCAGCACACUGGCACAGAUCUAGAAAGCUUUGUAAGCAGCUCUUUCUUCAAAUGGCAGAACAUGUGUUUUGCAGGGAUAAAAUAUGCUGACCAGGAUCACAGGUGUUCAUUAGAAUUUUUUUUUGAUACAAAUUGGCAUGCUCGUAGAAUGGAACUGAAGCAGUA